AAAAUAAAACCACAAGAAAACACCGACCAAAUGCCAUUAGAAAACAAACUACCAAUACACAAAAAUGCAACAGCAAAUUUCGAAGAAUACCGAUAACAAAACGGACUGCGCAAUAAAUAUUAAAGAAAAAAAAAACUAAAAUUCGAUUCGAACUCGAAGUGUCAAAAAAUACGUGCACCACAAAAAUUCGUUCAAAAGAAAUCCAUUGAUGAGAAUUUUUCAUUUGCUAAAGUUUUCCCUUGUAAAAAAAAACCGAAAAACAAAUAAAAAUCCUUUCAUAAACUCAAAAAACACAUCAUUAUCCAUCCCUCCGAAUUGUGGUCAUAAAUAUUCUAGAAUUUAAAAAAGUGUGUCCUUCCCACAGCCCACUGCAAGUUCAAGAGAAUAAAAAAGAAAAAUCCUUCCUCCACUCACAAUAAUUAUCACAAGAAGAAGAACCCCUGCCUGCCGAAAUAGUAAUUUGCUUCAGGACUAGGUACACUUCGCCUCCGCCCCAACUCUUACAACUCAAUCGCUAAGAGUCAAGAGUUUGAGAAGUUUGAGUAAGUUCUAGAGGCCGAGAAGUGAAGUGAAAGUGAAACAAGAACGACACAAAAAUCGAAAAAGAAUAAUUUACAAAAUUCUCUUGGAACUACGACAAUUAUUGGAGAAUGGAAGCGGUGGCUUUAACCGAAACCGAGUCCCGGUAUUUUGGCGACUUGUUCUUGUGUUGUGACAUCGAGAAAACUGGCAAAAUUCCGAUGCUCAAAGCCACCGAACUAUACCGAUCGGCGAAUCUCUCCAAUGACGUUAUCCGUGAGAUAACAUCUCUAUCAGGAAUCCCACAGACAGCUUUGCACAUCUCUAGAUCACAGUUUUAUUCGUGCUUGAAACUAAUUGCCGCCUAUCAGGCCUCCAUGCCGCUUCGCACCGAACUUAUUUCGUCGUCCGUGAACUUGCCACUGCCCAGGUUUAGCUGGAAAUUGGAAUCGACGUCACCAAUUGCUUCAACUAUGACACGGGCCGACGCAUUGCAGACAAAUGGCGGCAUGUCAAUGGGAAUGGGCGGUGUUGCGGCGUCUGGCAGCAGCAAGGGAGUUGCAGUUCCUCGACGUGGUUCGUGGUUUGACACCACUAGCACACAGCUUGUCGAUCCUACAAAUUCCGACGUUCCAAGUACGGAUUCCGAGGUGGAACACAAUGAAUCGAGCAGUGGAAGGGAACCGCAUCGACAUCGAGGAGGUGGUGCUGCUGGAGGUGGAUCUCCUGAAGCGUGGAGCACAAACAGUGACAGCCCAACCCCGACGAACAGUGUUGCUGAACGGCCAUGGGCUAAAGAAUCUCUUUGGCAAGGAUUACUUGGCGAUGAACACCGCCAACUACUCGGUACAGAAGAAGAAUCCUCAGAUCGUCAUAGCUCGGACGAUGACAAUGAGGGUGAUCCAUUCUACUAUCAAAUAACACCCGAACAAAGGGAAUACUAUCAGAAGCAAUUUAAAGCUGUCCAACAUGAUCCCAAUGGACUACUUUCUGGGCACAUUGCUAGAGUUUUCUUUGAAAAAUCUCAAAUUCCUGUCAAAGAACUUCGUCAUAUUUGGCAGCUGUGCGAUGUCACUCGAGAUGGUGCCCUAAGUUUGGCUGAAUUCACGGCAGCAAUGCAUUUGGUAGUACUUCGACGGCAUAAUCUACCUUUGCCAGCUGUCCUGCCGGCGUGUCUACAUCCGAAUAUGCUUGUGGUGCAAGGAAAUCAAUCACAAACUUCGACAACAACAACAACAACAGCAAUUGCAGAGCCUCCAGAGGCUGAUCUUUUACAUCUAAAUGACGACGACGAAGAUGACAAUACCGACACUACUAUUAAGCAAGUGGUAGCUCCGAUAGCUGCUGCAACUUCAACCUCAAUUGAUCCGGAUCUUAAACGGGUGCCGUCACGUUCGGAGAAGAAUGCCAUGAAUAUGAGCACCUUAUCGACUUCUUCUCAAGCCAGCACAGGCUCAAAACAACAACCCAAUGCUGCCGUUGUCGGCGCUACCCAGCAAGUAGUUGCUUCGAUAAGUCCACCACCAGCAGCAGUGCGGAAUCGUAGUAUAUCGAAUUCUCCUAGUGUUGCUGAACCGACCACAACACCACCACCAUUGGCAGCUAAUUUAUGGAAAGUUUCAGUCUACGAAUGGACGAAGUAUAUGGAUUCCCCAGUGUCGGAUAGUCCUGGUCCGAAGCCAGUCAAUUUCGAUAUGAAGCGAACAGCUCAGGCAGUUGUCUCAGAUCCACAAAUUCUCCAUCCAGUUCCGUUACGUGUUACACCAGUUGCAGGUGCCGAAGUAAUUCCAGUGACAGCUGAUGACGAAGUGGCUCUACGGUUGUCGCGAAAAGCCGAGAAUCUAGUCUACGAUACCAGUUCGGGUGUGCUGCGUGACAACAACGACGACGCCAGUCCUAAGCAGCAGCAACUGUCGUCGUCAACACAGCCACCACCAUCUUCGCAAGUUCCUUCCUUGCCAGCUGCAAUGACCUCAUCUCACCAUCGUGACUCAUUGCAAAAUAACGACUUGCGAGCCAUUCAGCGUCCGCAAGCGAAAAAGCUACCAGCAAAGAAUAUCGGAGCAAUUCCUCCGCCACCCCAGCGGGAGCCGAGUAUUGGUUCGAAUAAUGCAAUUGGCGGCGAAGCAGCAGACGGUGCCAUUAACAGCCUAUCGAAAAAAGACCCACCACCACUGCCUCCACCCAGACCACAUCGUCACGGACGCAGCAGCAGCUUGGAUUUAAACAAAUUCAAAUUGGGUGGACCCUCAUCGCAACCUGAGAUCACUGCUCAGGCUAGUUUUGAUCUCCAAACGACUGGAUUCGCAGAUUUCGCUCAUUUUCCAGCCACAAAUGAACAAUUAUCAUCGGAUGCCGAACAUUCGGGUAGCAUAACUCUAUCGACGUGUUCCCAACCACCAGCACCGCGAUACAAUGCAAUCUCAGGCGGCCUGCAAUCGACGCAGCGCGUUAGUGCUUUUGAAGUUUAUCGCAAACCCAAUACGCCAAGAAACUCGCAAUCACCAGAUUUUAGUCAACACAAUAUAACACCACUGCCACCGCCCUCACUUGCUGCAGUCUCUAACACAAGUGUUGUUGAUUCUGAUUCGUUGCGUCAUGUUUCGUUUAGGCACGACAAUAAGAAUAUGCCCGAUGUCUUGAGACAUUUACGCGAACAAAAUUCGCUUCUAUUGCGAAUAUGCAGUGAUCUCAGUGAUGAACUUUUAGGUGUGACACGACGCAAGGAGGAGAUGCGAACUAAGGUGGAAACUAUUAGCCAACAGAGUAAUGUUGUUUCUAAUGUUGCUGCGGGAAGUGUAGCAACAUCGUCGUCGUCAGUGUCAGCAGUGUCAAUGGCUCCAGUUACGGCAAAUAUAACUGGAGGAUCUGGUAGUAGUGGAGUUCAUUCAAAUGUUUAAAAUUAAAUAUGUUUGCAUGAGAGCGGGAAGAAGGGAAGUGAGUGAGGGGGGAGGAGGAGUAAGCCAGCUCCUUUCCUGUGAUGGUUUCCUUAUCGAUGUUGAUAAUGAUGAUUAUACUUCAAAGAAGAAAAAGCAUGUCAGGAAAACCCAUAUUUAUUUCUCAUGAACAACAUUUUGUGUUUCUCCCUGAAGGCAGCUUGAUCAGAAAGUAUUCAUUUUAUUGUUUGUCCUUAUUAAAAAAAAUGCUUAAAAAGCAUUAUUCACUUAUUAUAUUCCUAAUAGUAGUAAUACACUAUUUUAUUAAUUUAAACAUUUUUUUUUUUAAAUUUAAUACGUAUAUAAAUAUUAUAAAUAUAUAUAAUUCUUAUUAUUUUUAAUGAUCUACAAUUUUUUUUGUUGAAUUUAUUUUUUUUAUCGAGCGAUAAAAUCGCAUUCAAAUUUUAUUCGAAUUUAUUAUUUUUAUUAAUUUAACUUAAAACAAAAAACAACAAAACAAAUAUAAAACAUUUUUGUCUUAAGCCAUUUUAAGAAAACAAACAAACAAACAAACAA